ACGCGCUCCACCGCCAUGGCGCCGACGCGCUCGCUCGCGCUCCUCUGCGCCCUCCUCCUCGCCGCUUCCUGCACCUCCUCCGCUGCGUCCGACGCGCCCUUCCUCGUCGCGCACAAGAAGGUGGCGCUCACCCGCCCCAAGCCAGGCGUCGAGCGCCUCGCCGUCUCACUAGACCUCUACAACCAGGGAUCCGCAACUGCCUAUGAUGUUACCAUUAAUGAUGACUCUUGGCCAAAGGAAGUGUUUGAACUUGUCUCUGGAGAGGUCUCAAAGACUUUGGAAAGGCUUGAGCCUGGUUCCACUGCUUCACACGUGUUUGUCUUGGAGACCAAAGCACAGGGCAGGUUCCAAGGUUCACCCGCCGUCAUCAAGUACCGUGUUCCCACAAAGGCUGUACUUCAGGAGGCCUAUUCAACUCCCAUCCUCCCUCUGGACAUUCUUGCCGAAAGACCUCCAGUGCAGAAGUUUGAGUUUGCUAAGAAACUCGUGGCGAAAUACGGUGCGCUGGUGUCCGUUGUCUCCUUCGUGCUAGCUUUCAUCUACCUUGUCGCGAGCCCGUCGAAGUCCGGUGGGGCGAAGGCAGGCAAGAAGAGACGUUGAUCUAUCAACAUCCAUUGGUUCUGCCGUUUCUUAGCUGGUCCUCUGUCUGGAAAUGGAUGAGGCUCUUUAAUAGACUGAAUCUGUGAAGUUAUUAUGCCUUCUGAGACUGUAAUGAAGUGACUAUGCAGCACUGUGACACUUGUUUCUGCUUAUUUGUUCUCAGCAACUUGACAACCCAGAGGAGAGCACUUAGAAACCCUUUUGGUUCUGCUGCUAUGUUUGUUUUGUGUAUCAGGUUCUUUAGCUACCUUUGAGACUGUACUGAAGAGACUAUAUAGCAAAAUUUUGACGUAAUUUUGGUUACUUAUCUUUCA